AUGGCAGCAAAGGCAGCAAAGGCAGCAAGGCAUUACCAGACAAUAAAUCUUGACAACCAUGAUGACUCAGAAAUCAAGCGCGCAGUCUUAGACAGAACUAAGGCCUCUUAUAAUUAUGCAUUGGCGACUUUUGAUAACUUUCUCGAGCUACAUCCAGGGGCAUCCUGGCUACUUAAUAUUUGCUUCUAUAAGGGGUUUAUAAAGUUUGUAAGCAAGAAUAUGCCAGGCCGACUAGAGACGCACCCCACAUUGGAGACAGUAGAAUCCUUUUAUUGCAACUUUAAAGCUGGUCUUCUUUUGCACUGUGACUUUAAGAUCCAAAAGCACAUGUCCACAACUAUUAAGGAAUGGAUAAGGAAAGAUCUCAGGGAUCUCGUCCCCCUUUCAGAUGCGGAAAUGGAUAAAGAUAGUUUUUUACCAAAUAAUCUAAUAGUUCUUCUCACACAGCUCUGGUGCCGAGACUUUAAAAAGUACAGGGAAACCGCCUUUUUGUUAUUAUACUGUUUUAUAUUAGUAAGAACAGGCGAGGUAUAUAAGUUAACAGCCCGGCAAGAAUUGUCACGCAAGCAGUCCUCUACAGUUGGGCAGUACAAAGCAAGGGCUCUUACAGCAUAUUACAAGCAGCAUCCUAUUCACAGCUUUUACAAGUUAUAUAGAGAACACACGCCCCUAUUUUUUAAUCUUUUGGUAUUCUUCUUGCCAUUGGCCUCUGCAGAUCGAGCCUUUUAA